CUUUUUCCUUCUUCCUUUUUCCUUUUUUUUUAUUUUAAAUCAAUAGAAAGAGAUGAAAUCACUGAUGUUAUUUGGAGUGAUAUCAUCGCUUUCAUUAGCGAUGGCAGCAACACUUUCUCCUCGACAUAAAGGAGGAUGUAUUGUAUUGAAUAACAAUAAAUUGUUUUGUUUCGGUGGUGCAUCCAGUACAAACAAUCCAACCUAUUUGAAUGAUAACUAUUUCCUUGAUUUAUCGCGUGAUUAUGCUGAUCUUAACACGCUCAACAACGCUUGGCAACCGAUGUCGCCUGGAUUGGAACCCACAAGUGAAUUUGUCAUGGUUGCUUCAGGAUCAAUGAAUUUUUUAAUCAAUGGUGGUACUGGAUCAGCCAAUGGAAAACCGAUGCAGUAUCAAACUGUCAUCUAUGAUAGUGUCACUAAUGCAUGGACUAGUUUACCUUCUGCCAAUGCUACAAACUCUUUGUACCAAGCUCGAGGUGCAACAGGUGCCAUAGAUAGUGCUACCUAUAUUGGCAACAACAAUCUCAUCUAUAUAUGGGGAGGUGAAAUGGAUCCAACUAUUGGAAGUACGAAUACCUCUUAUUCUGGUUCUAUACUGACCAUGAAUGCUAUUACUGGUGCUUGGAAUCCAACUGUUACUACAUUUGGUGGUGUGAUAAGUAGUUAUACUCCUAGAAUUGGCCAUGCAAUGAUCCUAGACUAUGCUACGAUGAGCGUGAUUGGUGGUCAAGAAGCCAAGUAUGAUGGAACGCGAUAUAACUUAUCACCUGCAAGUAUGACAACAAUUCCUCAAUUCAAUACUAUUACUAUUACUUGGGUUCUUGCCAAUGUUACUGGUGAUAUCCCCACUCCUCGAUCAUAUCACUCUGUCACCACGGUAGAUGUAUCACAUACAAUUUUAUAUGGAGGUCUCAAUACAGUGACGAAUCAACCAGUCCAAGAUACUAUGUACUCGGGUCUGAUUGAGGAUGGAACGGUGACCUGGCAACGAUUAUCUCCUUCAGGAACUGGACCUGGGCCAUUGUACGGUCAUGCAGCUGUCAAAUACAUGUCUGGCACUCUUCUCCUUAUCGGGGGUGUGGAUUCCACAGGACAAACCACUUCUAAUAUCAAUGUUUAUUCGAGUCUUCAAAAUACUUGGCGAUCAUCCUUUUCCUCUUCUGGAUAUUACUCUUCUAAUGGUAAUAGUGGCACCUCUUCAUCCAAUUCAACUGUGUGUCCUUCUUGUAGUGGUGGUUAUUCAUCCAGUUCUGUUAAUGCACAACAAGCAGUGGCGGCUGGGAUUGGUGCUGGUGGUUUUGUGCUGUUUGCUUUGAUCGGUGCAGGUUUAUUCUUUACAGUGGAAAGAAGCUAUACGGCUGUGGCCACAUCAGAUCAGUAUGCAAUAGAACAAAUGCAACAAACAGAAGGAUAUCUCAAAGUGGAACUCGACGCUGAUCCUAUAGAACAUCGACCUCUACCUCCUUCACCAUUUGGUACUUCUGCAACUUCACAUGCCAAUCAAUAUCAACCCACAGGCGAGGCCGCUAGUUAUCUUCAACACCAUCCUCAACAAUAUCAUCAGUAACGUUGACCCCAAUUUAUAUUAUUAUUUUUUUUUUUUUGAAAAAAAUCUAGUUAAUGUUUUAGUAUCGUUAAUAUUUAUUCUACUCUUUUUUUACUUUUGAAAUAAAGCGGAUGAACAUUGUUUUUCCUUUCAUGA